UCAACAAGUCCCCGCAAAUACAAACAGUAAUCUUUGAGAGAUGUAUGUAACCAGGCCUCUUUCUAUGUAUAAACAGUUCCCUUCAUCACUUUCGUUACCACCUCCCGAGGGUCCCAACUCCGGCAUACUGGUAAUCCUCGACGAAGAAGCCGAGCCAACUUGUUGUUUCGGAUUGUGCAAAAGCCACGAGCUAGAUGACUUGCCUUUCCCUCAAAACAAGAAGAUCGAGCUUCAAUAUACAACCGGAACUUCAGGCGAAAAUCGACACGUUCAUUGUAACGACGUCUCCUUCAUUCCCGUUCUCGGUCAGCCAUUGUCCUCCAAUCGCUACUACGCUUUACAACCUCGAGGAAGCCAUAAAGGUGAAGCAUUCACAAAUUCAUCAGAGGAAGAUGCAGUCACUUGCUGUUUCUGCCGGUGUUUUCCCGACAUUGAACCACAGCCUGCCGAUGAACAUGAUAUAUAUCAACAAUUUGAGAUCCGCCCAACGAACUGGGGUGGUCGCUUUGUUGCCAAAUCCGUAGCCCCAGAUGGGGUACCUCCAGGAUUCUUAGGAAGAAAAGGUUGGCGGGCGUUCACCUCAACUCCUCGUUGUUUCACCUUGGGUGAAGCACCAGGGCUCGACACUGCCCUCCGAGCUCGGCUCCCACACUUCGAUUUCCCCUUGUCCUGCAAGAAUUCUGAACCUGUUGUUGUCGGGAAAUGGUACUGCCCUUUCAUUUUCAUCAAAGAUGGAAGACCAAAAGAUCAAAUGACUAGAUCAAUGUAUUACGAAAUGACACUUGAGCAAAGAUGGGAACAACUUUUUGCCUACAACAAUGACUAUAACGAAGACAAUGUAGUUGUUGUUGACACGACGGUUGAAAAAGAAGUGGUUAAAGUUAACGGGACAACGGAGAUUUCGGUAGACGAUCAGGAAACGGUCGACAGAGUGAUGUGGUUCCGCAAAGGAGGUUUGGGUAUUGGGCUAAGUUUGUCCAUUGUUGAGAGAAUGAAGUGGGAAGAAGAAAGGUUUGGGUGGAGUGGUGGGAAAGAAAGGCAAGAAAGGGUUAAAAGGGUGGAGAAAAAUGGUGAGUGGAAUCGAUUUGGGUGGUAUGUGUUGGUGGAGAGGUUUGCAUUGAGAAGAAUGGAUGGGAGUUUAGCAUUGACAUAUGAUUUCAAGCAUACUCAAUUUGUUAGAAACAAAUGGGAAUGAUUAUUUAUGUUAUGCUUUUGCAAAGGGUGAAUUUUUAUAGAAGAUUCUUUUACUAUUCUUUUGUAUUUAGUUCUAUUUUUGUUUUGAGAUGUAUAAUUUUAGUCUUCAUGCUAAUAUUGUUUUUUUUA